AUGAUGUGCUUAAACAGAGCCAUUCGUUGCACCAGGAAACAACUUUAUUCUAAGUUAACAAAAGUGGUGGAAAUAGAAAAUUCUUUGUUCCAGUCGGGUCCCGGGAUCCUAUCGGGAGAGAAUGCCAAGAUAGUCAACAUCCAGGAUAGGCUUAGAAUCAAUCUAAAGAGGCAUUAUCAGAAGAAGUUUCAAUGGAUUCUACAAUUCCAAGUUCCCAAGAAGUGCAAGCAUCCCUCAUUCCCGUUUAUAGUGUGGGAUAACAUAGACCUACCGAGUUUUGUGGUGGAGGUUCUCAAAUUUGGACCAGCCUUUGCACUACCGCCAAAAAAGGCGGACGCAAGAAGCCUUAUUCCGGAUCUGGAAAUUCUACUACGAGGGCUAUCGGACAGACAAAAAGAAUAUUAUCGAUGGAUGGCCACGUUAAAAAUCAAGAAUUCCAAGGAAACAUCUGAGAUAACGGAUCUAAGAGACAAGCUACGACGUACGGUGCGUUGGAUGAAACUUAACAACAUCACUCUUGUCAGGGCCGACAAAAAUAAAUCCAUGGUUCUCAUGAAGCGUGACACCUAUGAAAGAGGCCUACAGGAAUACUUAACACUUACCCAUUGCGAUAAGGCUGACGAGGGUUUUAUCGAUAAGCUGCAUUCAAGAGUGAAACGGUUCGCCGGUUCCGGUCUCGCUAAACGCUUGGCACUUGGUAACUUAGUGGUUGACUCCCCUGACGUCCCUAAAUUAUUUGCUUUCGCAAAAACGCAUAAACCGGGCCAACAACUCCGCCCAGUCGUGGACAAAGCAAGAGCGCCUACACAGAAGUUGGAGAAAGCUGUACAUACUAUUCUCGCCCCACAAUUGGAAGGCUACCAGUACAGUAUCGCUAGCCCGGUGGAGCUCCUAACACAAUUGAAAGAGAUCACAUCAUACCAGUACGUAACAGUUUUGGACUUUAGGUCCCUAUACCCAUCCAUUGAGCUCCCUCCCGCUUUCUGUGCGCUAAGGGACAUUUUGUUUAGUAUAGUCGGGGAUAACGCGUUACACAACCAAGUACUUGAAAUGGCACAUUUAAUAUGUUAUAAUUCUGUGUUCCAAUUCAAUGGUGAGGUCUACACACAAGGCAGAGGGGUCCCCAUGGGAAGCCCGGUUUCAGGGGACCUAUGUGAGAUGGUGGUCCGGCAGUUGGAGAAAAAAAUCCUCCCACAAUUCCUCCCUAACAUCGAACUUUAUAGGAGAUAUAUUGACGACAUUAUUAUUAUCUGGAAAAAUGUGCCGGAUAUAACAGCAUUGGUAGACGCUUUUAAUAAUAACCCGUACGGGUUGAUGCUAGAAUUAGAACAAUCUGACACCACUGAAGUACAUUUCCUAGACAUAAAUAUUAGGUUAGAGAAAGAGGGCAUCAGCACUGCGGUGUAUCGUAAACCAGGAUCUAUGUCCUCGUACAUCCCGAUAGGAUCAUGUGAUCCGGUACCCUACAAGAUGGCGGCAUAUAAAGCCUUAAUCAGAAGAGCCUUCACACAUUCUUCUAACGUGCAGGCUCGUGAUAAAGAGCUAACGUAUAUAAUGCGAGUAGCCGCGGAACAUGGGUAUCGCACAGCCAUACGUAAGAUGAUAAAAAGUUAUAGCCGGAUGUAUGCGGAUAAAGAACGGCUGGUAGACUGGCGCGUUGAUAGAAAGGAGGUUCCGGAAGACAUGGAACGUAUACCCGUCACCUUUAACCCAUAUGUAAGAUCUAUAUAUGACAAGAUCGCCAAGAAGCGCCAAAUCAGUAUUGCUUACAGGAGGUGCCCUACUAUUUUUAACAUCCUAAGGAAUGGGAAGGACCCUCCUAACCCCAGCAGAAGACCGGGGGUCUAUAGUGUCCCUUUGAGAGAUAACAGAUUCGACAGGGACUUAAUAUAUAUAGGCUCUACUAAAAGAUCCAUAGGUGUCAGAAUACAGGAGCAUAAGGCAGACAUUCGUCACGGGAGAACCAGCACGGCCCUCGCUACAUACGCAACAGACCCGGGCAUAGUUGCUGACUUUAAUAGGACCAAUCUCCUCCUCGGUGCGCCUCCCAAUGAACAUCUCAAGUGGUUAGAGGCGAUGCACAUCUUUAAAUCCUCUAUCGAAACCACGUGCAUAAAUUUUAAAGAGGAGAUGAUCUUGUCGAUGGCCUGGCAAGAGUUGAUACAUAACACGCUUUAA